AUGUACGCACUUUUGCUGAUCCUCGCUGUCACUGCAUUCGCCGAGGACGCCUCGACUCAAACUCGGCCAUUUUGUUUACAAUCACGAGUGAAAGUACCCACUAGGGAAGUUUGUACUCUUCGUUCAGAAAGUGUAGGUGAUCAGCCGAAAUACUUGAUUAAAAAGAUUUAUAUUCGAAAUCUCUCUAUGCCAAUGUAUAAUCAAUCGUAUGCUUUACACCUCUAUCGUGAUGCCUUCAUCGUUGCCAGCAAGUUCCCUCAAUCGAUUUAUGCUGUUGAAAACAUGGAUCUUGUAACCCUUGACGAUCGACACUCGUUUCCAACGCAGUCAUUUGAAAUCAUCAAGGGUCUUCUCAAUGUCCGAUUUGAGAGAAUCAAUCCUGGAGCUAAUGCCACUCAUUCUGUUGUUAUCCGACCACGCCAAUUCGGAGUGUUCAACUACACCUCUGCUCAGGUUACUUACACUUCCGAAGACAGCAGCGAUAUCCGAGUGGGAUACACUAAUGCUCCUGGAGAGGGCUACAUCUACCGUCUGAAGGAAUACGAGCGCAAAUUUGCUCCCAAAUACAUCUAUUGGAUUGUUUUCUUUAUCCUUAUUGCACCCACAACUCUCGGAUCUUAUCUUGCCUAUUCGAAGAGCAAGAACAAGUACGAGGAGCUAGCCAAGAAGAGAAACUAG